AUGAAAAGCAGGUUCCUUAGAAAAUUGAAACACAUUCCAACCAUUACCAACUUGAAACAAGGUCCAGCCCUUCAGCUCAAUCCACCAGUCUAUGAUGAUCAAGAUCACAAGCCCCACAACCUGGCUGAACUAGAGAUUGGCCUCAAUGGAAGUGAAGAUGAUAAGCAUUAUGAGUUAAAAGAAAUGCGAUUUGAAGCCACACCCACCAAAGGUUCCAAAGAGAAAGAGCUUGUUGAGAAAAACUUAUUAGUGGUUUCUAGUCCUAGUAAAAGCAUGCAUCAACAAAUUCAAGUCAAAGAGUACCCAUCUCUAACAGAUUUUGAAGAGAUACAUCCACCAGGUGGAAGCCAAGCAGUGAUUCUCUACACCACAAGCUUGAGAGGCAUAAGAAAAACAUUUCAGGACUGCAACACGGUACGCUUUUUGAUGAGAAGCUUCAAGAUAACAUACCAUGAGAGGGAUGUUUCUCUACACUUGGAGUAUAGAGAGGAAUUGUGGAAGAUCUUGGGUUGCAAAGUGAUCCCUCCAAGGCUUUUCAUUAAAGGGAGGUACAUUGGAGGAGCUGAUGAAGUUGUAGGAUUGCAUGAGAUGGGGUGGCUUGGAAAGCUUUUGGAAGGAACACCAAUGGACUUUGCUGAUGGUCCUUGCAAAGGUUGUGCCUGCAUGAGGUUUUCCAUUUGUUCCAAUUGUAAUGGUAGUUGCAAAGUGUUCACCACCAAUGGUGACAACAAGAAUGAAUGCUUCAUCAGGUGUCCUGAAUGCAAUGAGAAUGGACUUGUCAAAUGCACCAUUUGCUGCUACUAG